GGCCACGCCCAGACCGCCCAGACGGCCCCCGCGGCCCUGCGGCCCCGCAUCGACAUCUUCCACCACCUGCUGCAGGAGAACCGGCAGGCCCGCGGCAGGAUGGGCACAGGAGACCGUCUCCUGGACAUCCCGUGCAAAGUGUGCGGGGACAGAAGUUCGGGGAAGCACUACGGAAUCUACAGCUGUGAUGGCUGCUCGGGGUUCUUCAAGCGGUCCAUCCACCGCAGCCGCGUGUACACCUGCAAGGCCCAGGGCGACCUCAAGGGCCGCUGCCCCAUCGACAAGACCCAUCGCAACCAGUGCCGCGCAUGCCGACUCACCAAGUGCUUCCUGGCCUCCAUGAACAAGGACGCGGUGCAGCACGAGCGGGGCCCCCGCAAGCCCAAGCACCCCCUGGUCCAGCUGGGGCACGGCGGCCACGGCGGCCACACCGGCCACGGCCCGCCCAAGGACAUGCUGCACCCGUCGCACCUGCAGGCCGCCUCCGCCGCCUCCGACGAGCACAGCUCGCAGGGCGCCAUGGUGCUGGCGCAGCACAAGCCGCCGCCGCCGCCCAACCUCCUGCACCUGCUCAUGUCGGCCGAGAAGUGCGAGGAGCUGCUGUGGGGCGCCAAGCUCUCCGAGGACAGGGUGCUGCUGCAGCAGGCCGCCACCCUGCCCAUCGUCCUCACCCCCACGUGGGAGGUCCUGCAGGAGACCACCGCCCGCCUGCUGUUCAUGGCCGUGCAGUGGGUGCGGUCGCUCGCCCCCUUCCAGACGCUGUCCAAGAAGGACCAGCUGCUGCUGCUGCAGGAGUCGUGGAAGGAGCUGUUCCUGCUGCACCUGGCGCAGUGGUCCAUCCCCUGGGACCUGUCCGCGCUGCUCGAGUCCCCGCAGGCCCGGGACCGGCUGCCGCAGGACGAGGUGACCGCCGCCGAGCUCAAGACCAUCGUGGAGAUCAUGUCCCGCUUCCGGCAGCUGUCCCCGGACGUGAGCGAGUGCGGCUGCAUGAAGGCCGUCAUCCUCUUCACGCCGGAGACGGGGGAGCUGUGCGACUCCCAGCCCGUGGAGAUGCUCCAGGACCAGGCGCAGUGCAUCCUCAGCGACUACGUGCGCACCAGGUACCCGCGGCAGCCCACGCGCUUCGGCCGGCUGCUGCUGCUAGUGCCCAGCCUGCGCUCCGUCCGCCAGGCCACCGUGGAGCAGCUGUUCUUCCGCGAGACCAUCGGGGAGAUCCCCAUCACUCGCCUGCUGGGGGACAUGUACCACAUGGGCUACGCCUAGCUCGGCUGCGCCUACACUACAAGGGACUGAACCAGACCGAGGCGCCGCGGGACUCGGACGCCUCCCUCGCUCGGGCCCUCGUUCUCUCUUUUCGAUAUUUAAUAAUCGACUAUUAAUUUAAACGUGUUUAGCAUCUCCUAUGAACGGGAGGGUUUCAAGUCGCAUGGACAAGUCUGACAGGUGUCCAAAAACCAUGUUAGAAAUCAUAGUUACCAUAUGCCUGUUGUUUUCUUCUAAUAAGAAUUUUUUUUUUUUGGAGUUACAUUUAGGUGCUACUUGGGCAGACUAGAAGAAGCGCUUUUAUAGAAAAUACCAAAAAUAGGGAGUGGAUUUUAACUUGUGAUUACAGGUAAAAACUGAUGCUCACGCCCUGCAUGUCUACCUGUAUGAAUCAGUACGUAAUUUAUGUACAGGUGAACUAAAAUUGAUGUAAGCUAGAAUUCCAAAGCCUCUUUUGUUUCCUUCAGAAAUUGAAUGGGCGUCAGUGUUAGCAUGGCAUUUUAUGAAAAAGAAAUUAUGUUGACAUGUUGGUGGUUGAAUUUGAGGAAUAUACUGAUUGUGAAUAAAAUGGUAAAAUAAACUCGGA